AUGGGAAAGUCGAAACGAAGUGCCGACGACGAGGAAGAAGGCGUCGUCCUUGCCGCUGCCAGCAAGGUUCUGAGGGCAUUCAGGACCUGUUUGAGCAACUUCUCCUUUGACAAGCCGCCGGAACCUGCCGUUGAGGUGGUGGAGCUGCUGCAAGACAUGAAAAUCACCCCUCGCCUGGUUGUGCAGUUCUUCAAGACUUUCAAGCAGCUUAAGCGGUACGACUCCAUCACCUUGCGGGUCGGGCCAGAUGAAGUCAGCACAGCAAGUAUGACGAGACUGGUCAAGAACCAUCGACAGUGGGUCGCCAAGAUCAUGAUACUCCUUCUCGAUUUGGCUGGCUACAAGGACACAGUCACGUGGGACGGCUUCCUGUACGUCACCAUGCAGUUCUGUGCCUUGUCCAAGCUGGAGCUCUGUCAGGUCAUGUUCUACGUUGUGUGCAAGGAGAUGAAGAGUUGGACUGUGCACUAUCUCACGAGCAGCCAGCUCGAAGAGUUCUAUGAUGACUACUACACUUGUCCAGUACAUGCCUUCAACACGAACUCCAUCAACUUCGCCAAGCUUCCCCUGGCAAAGUUCCGCAUUCAAGACUUCAUCGAGCUUUGCUACAGAUACAGCCAACUCAUCAAUCCGUGCAUGCACUUACAGAGAUCCUUGCAGCAGUCGCUGCCGUCGCUCCGGUUCUGGUCAAACUAUGACAAGAUCAAGGUGUAUAAUCGCCGCAUCACCAUUGACUUCUUUCGCUUCCAGAAGGUUACCAGCCUGUUGGAGCUUAUGCGACGGCAUGCCGGCAGCGGCCUUGGACCUGUGCAGCAGCACCGCCUAGCUGUCAUGGAGCAGUUCAUGGUGCUGGAGAAGUCCAACCCAGGCUUUAAAGAUGAUAUCGAGAAGUUCAAGGCUGCUGUGUUGAAGGCAAUGGAGAAGUGCCGUCCCACAAAGAGUGGAAUCCUUCCUUUGCCUAUGGGCGUGCAUCCACCCGCCAAGACCAGGCUUGUAAGGGAGAUGCGCUUGCCAGAGUGGAUGCACCGCCACCUCGAGACCAAUCAGGCGCCAGGAGUACACGGUGGGCACGCCCUGGGGCAUGCUGCCCAACUGGAAGCUAACAAUCAGGAGAAGGUCAUUCCAUCAAUGGCACUCUCCCAGAUGCCGAGGUCCGUCGAGGAGGCAGAGGCCUUGGUCCGCUCCACGUUUGGCGAAAUUGCGACGAGAAGCAAGAUCAAGCAGAUUGCAGCGAAUCUUUUCCAGCAUGCGGCCAAGCCACCAAGCGAAGACAGCAGACUGAAGUCCGUAGUUCGAAGCCAGGAGCUGGAAUUCAUCCGCAUGAGUCGUCAAGACGUUGAGCCUCCAAAUCUUGUUCGAACGAUGCAGAGGCUGUUCCAAGAGGAGCUCAUGGACAGAACGCCCAAGGAAGCCGCCAUCUGA